AUGGAUUUGAAGAUCACUAUCGUGAUCUUUGCACUAUCAUUGCUCACCUACUGCCAACCAGAUAAUGCAACGGGCGCCCUGCAAUUAUUGCAGAGCAUGCCGCAAUGUGGUACUACUUGCGUGCUGAACACCAUACCUCGAUCAAACUGCUCAAUGACCAACAUCACAUGCACCUGCACUGAUAAAUGGUUCAUGUACACAGUUGAGUCCUGCGUCACUUCAUCCUGCAACAUCACAGAUGCACUAGCUGUCGCACGGACAAAUGCAGAAAUCUGUAAUGUGCCCAAGCGGUCGAGGAAGGGAGAUUUGAUCGGGGCCAUUCCACUCUGCGCGUUGGCGUUCUUCGCCAACAUCUUUCGUCUCUACUCGCGCUGGUAUCUGGAUACCAAGUUCGACACGGAUGACUGGGUCAUGCUUGCGGUCGCCGUCCUGUUUGUUCCUUUUCAAGUCGUCGCGCAAUACGGUGUCUUCCUCGGGUUUGGCGUCGACGCAUGGUAUGUCAAACCUGACGACUUGACUCUAGCGCUCCAGUUUUUCUACAUGGCCGAGACGUUCUACCUGACCACACUGGGCUUAACCAAAAUAUCCAUCCUGUUCUUUUUCCUUCGGGUCUUUCCCAACGCGCGAUUCCGCGUCUGUUGCUGGACAGUGAUGACUUGGGUUGCUCUUUCGUCGUUUAUCAUCAUCACAUUGCAGAUAUUCCAGUGCACGCCCAUCGACGCUAUCUGGCGGUCCUGGGACGGCAACUACCCCGGCUCCUACCAUUGCUUCAAUAUAAACGCACUGACAUACGCCGCCGCGGGGUUGAGCAUCGCACAGGAUAUCGCCAUCCUCGUGCUGCCGCUCCCGCUCAUCCUCCGUCUCAACACCAACUGGCGCCGCAAGAUCGGCAUCGUGAUAAUGUUCAGCCUCGGCAUCUUCGUGCUGAUCACCAGCUGCGUCCGCCUACGGUUCAUAGUCCUGUUUGCGAGGAGCAGAAACCCCACGUGGGACUACGUGGACACACACAUCUGGUCCGAUUUCGAGGUAUCCGUCAGCGUCAUCGCCGCCAGUCUGCCCGCCAUCAGGCUGUACCUGGCUAGGGUGUGGCCCAGGGCAUUCCCGUCGGUGGGGAGGAAGGCCAGCACGCAGUCAUCGGGGGCACAGUUGCACGAGUUGAAGAGGUGGAAGCCACUGCGGAUGUCGAAAAACAGUGGUGAGACGGGCAACACUGCAGGGCAGCCAGGGCAGCCCGGCUAUUAUUCUAGGCUGCUGGAGGAUACGAGGCUCGGAGGUAAGCGCAGCGUGGACGUGAGUGAAGUGGAGCUGAGAGACACGGUCAGAGGCAGCGUGCACAACGAGAUUAGUGUUGGGAAUAGUCAAGAUCCCGGCGUUGAGGGCUCUGCGCAGUGUAUCGGCUGCACGGGACAGAUAAGCCCUCUAGAUUUUGAGGAUAAAGGCUCUUCACAUGACAGUACGGCUUCAACAACGGCGGCCAUUCGGGUGCAAACUACGACAAUUCGGACCUUGCAGGAUGAUCGAACCUGA